AUGAGGACUACCAUCCUCCCAUACUGGCCUCAUCUUCUUUUCGCGGUGAUCGAGCCAAUCACCUAUAUUUAUGGCUGGCUUCUGCCAAUCCAUGACUUGAACACCUUUAUCCUCGACCAAGCUCCUAACACCGCUGCCCCCGGAUCGAUCCACCCCAGCGCCAUCGUGCUCGGCUACCAGCUGGCCAAUCUUCACGGACUGCUCUGUCUCUUGUCCAUGGGCGUCUACUACUACACCAACGAGCCCAAAAUCCUGCGCAACUUUGUCUUUUGUCUGGCACUUGGCGAUCUAGGCCACAUUUACGGCACUUACCUUGGCCUCGGUUGGGAUGUCUUCUGUGACUUCCAUGCCUGGAACUUCCUCACUUGGUCCAAUAUCAUACUGACUGCUUUUCUAUUCGUGAACCGUGUGCUCUACCUGUGCGGUUACUUCGGGUAUGCCAAAGCAGCGAGGACGUGGGUCAAAAAAAAAUACUAG